AGCAACCCUCCGCUGACUGAAAUGGACCCCACCCUGCCACCUGCCAGCCAGCCCAGUGACCUUUUAAUGAAGCCUCCCGCUGACAUCAUGAAUGAGCCCUUAAUUCAGCCUGUUAGCAUCCAAACAGAAAACAAAGCGACCAUAGCUGUCAGCGAAUCCCCGGAUGACUUUGUCGACCUAACAAACAACUUAACCGACUCUCCCGAUGACACAGUCGCACUUGAAAGUGCCGUUGCAGACGCAGCAAAACACACAACUGAAAUCCCUUCAGAUGAACCCACAGAUGAUUUUGUCAACAUAUUUGGAAGUGAAACCGAGGCACCGCAAGAGGAAGUUGUGGUAGCAGAUGUUACUGUCGAAGGAGCAGCAGAUAAAAGCGAAGUGACCGGCGCUGUUACAGAUUCACCUGCCGAUGAGAAAACGGGAAGUGAUGCCGAACACGAAGCAAAAGAAAUCGCUCCAAUUAUCGACCUGAGUGUGGAUUUGUCAGCCAGUGACACACAACAGCCGCGUGGCGUUGACACAUUUGUCGACCCUUUGGUUGACCUUCUCAGUGACGCUCCACCCGCUGCUGAUGCCACGAAGCCCAGCCGGGCAACAGUCGACCUGUUCGAAGAUGAGGGAAGCGACUUGUUCACAGAACCGCGGCAGUCUAAAUCUGCCAAGCAGCCACAGAAAAGCCUCUUCGGUGAACCCGACGAGGAUCUGUUCGGUGAGCCGCUGGGUGCCACCGCAAAGAAAACCGUCAUCAAAGAGCAGAAGGACAAAACCGUUCUAACCAAAGCUGCUGAGGAUGGCAGCAACACAGGCGGGCCUCUGCAAGACAGCAAUCCUGCAGAACCUGCUGAUCUGUUCUCUGAGGAAGCCGUCACCUCAGCGCCCAGCAUUAGAAACACCAGCACGGUCAACUCCAAGACCAACGGAGUCCACUCUGAGGAGGAGACAGAUAUAUUUGCUGAAGCCACAGUGGAGCUUUCUCUUGACAGUCCUCGGGACGAGAGAAAGAAGGAUGCGACAGCCAAACCGUCUGUGUCCGCCCCCUCUCUGUCAGCCGCUGCCAGCCUGACCAAGCCACAGUCUGCUGCCCUGGAGGAGUUGGAAGAAGAGGAAGAAGAAGAGCUGGAAGACAAAUUUGACAUUUUUGUUUCCGUCAAAGACCCUGAAAAAAUAGGAGAUGGAAUGAACGCCUACAUGGCCUACAAAGUAUCCACAGAGACCUCAAUGCCCAUGUUCCGCAACAAGACAUUCACAGUGCGGCGACGCUUCAGCGACUUUCUCGGCCUCUACGAGAAGCUUUCUGAAAAACAUGGACCGAAUGGAUUCAUCGUGCCUCCGCCACCAGAGAAGAGCAUCCUGGGUAUGACAAAGGUCAAAGUGGGAAAGGAAGACUCCUCAUCUGCAGACUUUGUUGAGAGAAGAAGAGGUGCUUUGGAGAGGUAUCUCCAGAGGGUGGUAAAUCACCCAUCACUUCUCCAAGAUCCAGACGUCAGGGAGUUCCUGGAGAGAGAAGAAUUGCCCAGAGCAGUGAGCACCCAGGCUCUGAGCGGCGCCGGCUUCCUGAAAAUGAUCAACAAAGCAACAGAUGCUGUCAGUAAAAUGACCAUCAAGAUGAAUGAGUCAGACGUGUGGUUUGAGGAGAAGCUGCAGGAGGUGGAGUCUUCAGACCAGCACUUCAGGAAGCUCCACGCGCUGGUCGAAUCUCUGGUCCUCCACAGGAAAGAGCUGUCGUUAAAUACAGCCAGCUUUGCCAAAAGCACAGCCAUGCUGGGCAGCGCAGAGGACAACACCGCUCUGUCCCGAGCUCUGUCUCAGCUGGCAGAGGUGGAGGACAAGAUGGAGCAGCUACACCAGGACCAGGCUGCCUACGACACAUUCGCCUUUGCCGAAGUCAUCGCAGAUUACAUCCGCCUGCUUGGAGCCGUGAGGGGGUCGUUUGAUCACCGGAUGAAGGCGUGGCAGCGUUGGCAGGAUGCUCAGGCCGCGCUGCAGAAGAAGAGGGAGACGGAGGCCAAACUGCUGUGGGCCAACAAGCCGGACAAACUGCAGCUGGCCAAAGAGGAGAUUGCCGAGUGGGAGGCCAAGGUGACGCAGUAUGAGAGAGACUUUGAAAGAGUCUCUGCUACUGUGCGCAAGGAAGUCAUCCGCUUUGAGAAAGAAAAGACCAAGAAUUUCAAAAGACAGAUAAUUAAGUACUUGGAGUCUCUGCUUCAGUCUCAGCACCAGCUGAUAAAGUACUGGGAGGCUUUCUUACCAGAAGCUAAAGCAAUCGCCUAAUCCUCGAGCACCAGCCUUUUGGAUGACAGAACAGGCUGCCUUUUUCUUAUACACUUUACCUCUUGCCUUUAAACCAAGGAAAAUGCGUGCAUUGUAAAGGGAGAUACAAUCAACCUGUUUUUUUAAUCACCUUUAACAUAUAGCUCUGUAUUCUAUUGUAUUAAUAAUUGUAUAUUUUCAUUUAACCUUUCACAAAUAUUUUCUUAUUAGAUGAAAAGAGUUUGCAUAUACAAAGAUAUGGACACACGAAAAGAGAAAAAUGUAGAUGAAUGAUUCCAUUAAUUUCCACAAGAGAGGGGAAAUGAACCGAGUCCGUUGUUCUCAGGAUUUUCUCCUUCGUGUGAUCAGGAGCUCCUUCACAUCAGCAGUGGUUAAUUGUUUACAGCGUGGCUGCUCUCUUGUCAAAUAUUUCUGGGGACCCAGAUGAAGAAAGUUGCCAAGAGUCUCACUCUGUUUCUUCUUUUUAAUGACUCAAAGGGAUAAAAAAAGGAAACAGUUAAAUGAAUAAGAAUUAUGAUCACUUCCACAACGUGGAUAAAGUACUUAAUUACCAGCCAUGAGUUUUCCUUUUGUUUUUCUGUGCGAUUUAAAAUACUAUUGAUGCUGAGGGGAGGGGGUGCAGGGCAUUGAGAGGCAUUAGAUUAGCAGGGUCUACAGCUGUGGUCAAGGGUUGCAUUGUAGGUCAAAGCUUGUUGAGUUUAACGUUUUAGAUUUCAAGCGUAGUGCAAACUUUACUCUUAUAACUACACGUCUGUGCCUUUUUAAGUCCGAAUGGUGUUUUUGGUGUGAUCCAGUUUGGGAGAGAGAGGUACUCAGCUGUGGGCAGUGCAGGGGCUGGUUAACAGUUACCUCCACAACAACCACGAUGAUCAGUGUCAAUGCUGAGGUUAAAGAACAAUACUGGUGUUUUCACGUUUAAGCCCCCUUUUUUUUUUUCUCCCUCUACAUUCUUGCUUAUAAUUUUGCAAAGUAUUUCUUUCCCUACCUUCCAGACGGUCUUUAAGGUUCACUGCUGGAUGAAACCUGCAGAGACUUGAAACAGGUGAAAAUCAUGUCUGUUUCUGUCAAACCCUGCGUCACUGUUGUACCGCAGUACAGUAAAUGACAGUUGACACCAUUUAAGGCACUACAAAGCAACGGUGACUAACUCAUGGAUUAGGCUUCUAAAGCAAGUUUCAUGUUUCUGCAAGUAGAUUUCCAUGCUGUAGAAGUGAAAUGAAAGCUGGAAACCAAAGGCUGCGUGGUUCGUAGGAGUCCUUCUCCGUGGUGUGCAUGGCAGUAAUACUACGGCUGCAAAUAACAGUUUAUUAUCCGUUAAUCUGUCAGGGUUUUGUUUGUUUGUUUCAGUUAAUUGUUGAGUCUAUAAAUUGCCCCAGAGCCCACGGUGACGUCUUGAAACAGUUUGACAGUUUGAUGAUUAAAGGUACCUUGUGGAGUUUUUGACCAGUUACAGCGCUAUAGAGCAGUGGUCUUAAGCCUGGGUCCCCUUUUUGUUUGUAUCUCACACUGGUGAUGGUUUCACACUUUGCCACCGAUCAGCUGCUGGUAGCAGUGACAAAAAAAAAAGCAAGAAAGAAGAAGACUAGCUCGUAAACAUGGACUCAAACUAUGUAAAAUGAUUCCUAAAAAAUAAAUAAAGGCACUGUAAAUGUUUUAUGAGGAUGAAAAUGCAUUCAACACAUUUGUUAGACCUCUAAGAUACACAAGGCACUUGAAUGUAAACAUAAUUUUGUUUACAAGAAAAAUCCACAAGAUACCUUUCAACCUACAAUGAUAUAAGAGAGAGAAAAGGGGAACCAGUCAAUGUUGGGCAUUUUUGCAUGAAAAAUUACUUUAUUUUCAAAAUUGUUGCCGAUUGUCUGUUGACUGGCUAAUAAUUUCAGCACUAAACAAUUCUAUGUGUAAUUGUGGUAGAAAAUUGACAAAAACAUGCAAAAAAACCCCACAAAAGACACCUGAAUUGUCCUUUAGAAGAUGGCCCUUUUCCCUUCCCAGAAAGCACCAGGACGGGGCUGUUGAUGCCGACUCGUGGACAUGAGAUUAACGUCAAAUACUAAACGUACUGAUGUCUUAGUGAACCUAAUGCUUCCCUGAAGCCUCAGUCUGCAGUUUGACGAGUUGGGUUUUAACAUCAAUUCGUAACAAACCUGUGCCACAGCUUUGUGUGGCGGGGCUGCCAUCUUUUGAUUACAGCUUUAAUUUCACAUUUGCACACACUUAAAUUGAAGCUGUGUAGCGACAAGCCGCACUGUAUCAUUAUUUUGUCAUCACUUGCAGACAUUUCUUUGCACCGUGUCACAGUUGGAUCGUAUACUGUCGCUGAGUUAGACGCACGCUCGUUUUCAACUGUUGUUGGACCGCACUUAAAUAAAACUGGAUGUGAGUGAGGCCUCAUACUGUACGUCAUCACUUGUUCAGUGUGCAGAGCAAUGUCAGCAACGUGCACUGUGUCAUAGAAAUUACUUUUAAAACAAAUCAAUAAAAGUUGCACUGUUUACACUUGGAAAUUUCAUUAA